AGUUCACCCGGAAGGGAAGACUGGUCGUGUUGUCGGAGUGGUUUUAGCUUAUGCCAGUGCACAAGUGAAAUACAUGAUACCGCUAGUAAUUGCUAUUCAAUGAACAUGGGUAGUCGGACGGAAAUUAAAUGAUAAUAGUUGUAGAAGAGGUGUCUGAUCGAAAGGAUGGUAAUGGCGCAUGUCGGGGCUGUAGUUGCUGCCAUCACGGGGGUGUUGUUCAUCCUGCUACACUCGUCCAUACACAAGAUUGAGGAAGGACACCUGGCUGUUUACUACCGGGGCGGGGCUUUGCUGACCGCUCCCAAUGGACCAGGCUACCACAUCAUGCUGCCCUUCAUAACCACGUACAGAUCCGUACAGACAACCCUUCAAACGGACGAAAUAAAGAACGUGCCUUGUGGAACAAGUGGUGGCGUCAUGAUCUACUUUGACCGAAUCGAGGUGGUGAACAUGCUGGUGCCCUCUGCAGUGUUGGAGAUCGUGAAGAACUACACCGCGGAUUACGACAAGACGCUGAUAUUCAACAAGAUCCACCACGAACUCAACCAGUUCUGCAGCGUCCACACUCUCCAAGAGGUCUACAUCGAAUUAUUCGACAUCAUAGAUGAGAACCUGAAAAUCGCCCUCCAGAAGGACCUGAACGUCAUGGCACCUGGGCUCACCAUCCAGGCGGUUCGUGUCACCAAGCCGAAAAUCCCAGAGUCGAUCAGAAGGAACUUUGAGCUGAUGGAGGCAGAGAAGACCCGUCUGCUCAUCACAGUUCAGACUCAGAAAGUGGUGGAGAAAGAGGCGGAAACGGAGAGGAAGAAGGCCAUUAUCGAGGCCCAGAAGUCGGCCCAGGUGGCGGAAAUUAAUUUCCAGCAGAAGGUGAUGGAGAAGGAAACGGAGAAGAGGAUUUCUGAAAUCGAGGACGGGGCGUUCUUGGCCAGAGAGAGGGCCAGAGCCGACGCAGAGUUCUACACCGCGGCAAAGUACACCGAGGCCAACGCGCUUAAGCUGACCCCCGAAUACCUGGAGCUAAUGAAGUACCAGGCCAUCGCGGCCAACAGCAAGAUCUACUUCGGCCAGGACAUACCCAGCAUGUUCGUGGACAACAGCGCCCCCUCUGGCACGAGGCCAGACGCGACGGACUCCCCCGAGCAGUCUGAUGCCAUGGGCAAGGCGGAGAAGCACAGGAAAGGAGGGCGCUCGGCAACAAGAGACCCCAAAACAAGCCCUGAGGACUGAGGGGCCCCAUCCAGCGCUGGGGGCCCCUGGCCUCUCUAAGGGGCCCCACCCAGAGCUGGGGGCCCCUGGCCUCUCAGACCUGAAGAGUUUGUGUGGCAUGCUUUUGUACUUUUUUUUUUUUUCUUUCCUGGGGUUGGAUUGAUGGCAGCAGAGGUAAUCCCAGGCUGCUGGUGUGUUGGGGGUGAAUGAUGCAUCUGGUUUUUCAAAGGGAUAGAUAGAGGGAAGCGGCUGGAUUCAGUCUUUAAGCAGCAGGACAGACCGAUUUGGAGAUAAAAUGGCAGCAAUCGCCUCAAACACCGCUGCCCAAAUGAGGCGGGGUGUCGAUAAAGUUUCACCACUGUUAGGUGGAGUGAAGCCGCACUCUGUCCUCUGAAUGUUUAUCAAAGUGAUCUAUUUUUAUGCAGAAGAGAAUGCUUGUUUCCUAGCUUCCUUUUGUUUUGAAUGUUCCUGUUGGUGUAAUACUGUUGUAUCAGUGCAGAGGCUUGAUUUUGAUAAAAAGGUUCCUAAUUAAUUGCGUUCCUCAUUUUUGCUACUGGAAUGGCCAGGAUUCACACUAAUUAUCAUGGAGGGUGCUUUAUGCGUCUGGAAAAUGGCACUAUGAUUUUUUUUUUUUUCUUCUUCAAGGUAUUAUUUUAAUGCCUUUUCUUUUGCUUGAGGGAAUAGGUGGUGCGUUGACAUGUGAGCAGUUCGUGUUGCGUAGGGAGUGCAGUAGUUCACACGUUGCCAUGGUUAAAAUUCAGCGAUUUACAUUUUUUUUUUUUUUUUGAAAGUUGGUUCAGCUCAUUAAUAACGUACCAGCGAUCAUUAGCAUUAAGAUCCCACAGGAUAGAAAGUUGUUGGAGGAACAAAGUCUCUGACCUGUGCUGUUACUGCUCAGGUGUUUUUUUUACGGCUGAGUUUUAUGGGCAUAAACCCUGCUGUGGAUAUGAAUUCCGUGUCUUUGGUCUAAGGCUGAACCGGUCUGGAGUAACCAGGUGCUCACAGGCUCUUAGCCAGCCACAGAAAUUAUAAACAGGUGGAGGUAGGGUCUUUUUUUUUUUUUUUUUUUUUUGGGAAUGGCGCUCCAGAUUGUGUGUUCUGUGAAAGCGCAGAGUGGAUUUUAAAAGGCUUCUCCCCCCUUGUACACCUGAGGUCUGUGCAUACGGGUGCACUACGGCGCUAGAAACGAGCCUCGCUAGUCAACGAGGAUCGCGCGUUAAUCCGGGGAGAUGUUUUCAAUUGCGUGCAACGAAUUACGAAGCAGUCGCGAUCGAUUUGUCGUUGUUUUAUUGAUCCCUCCACUGUUGGCUCCUAAAAAAAAAAAAAAACAUAUCUGUGGUCUAGACAUCUUACUGUCCGCGUCCUGCAUCCGAAACGCGCCCGCCUGUGCUGUUUGAGUGCGUGCAGCAGUGAAAUGCUUCCCUCGGGUUCAUUUCUCCACAUGAUCGGUGUGUUUUAUGACCGUAUUAGUAGGCAGAUCCAUUUACCAUCGAAAACAAACUUUGGAGAGAAGGCGUUCUUAAAGAGCCAUGCUUAUACAGGCUCAUACUGCUGUUUACUGAACUGUCACAGUCUCUGGUACCAAGGAGUGUGUAUAAUCUGUCUGAUUACAUGGUGUUUAUGACGACUGUUUGAAGAUCAGUGAAGUUCUGUUUGAGUUUUGUUUGUCAUUUCCAUUUAAAUCGCACUGAAAGUGACAAACUAAUCAUCAAGGGCUUGUGACUCAUUUAACAGUGGAAAAGGAACAGAAUCCCUCCCGUUUUAAUGUGUUCUGUUAAUUUUGUUCUUUUUUCCCUGCUUUCACUAUGGGUCCAACUGAAAAAAGCCAUAUGUUUCCGCCACCAGGGGGAGCACUUUCACUCCCUUUGUACACUACCGGCCAUAAUUUACUUUCAAAGGGUUUGUCAAUGUGCUAUUUAGAGAGACAGCCAUUUAAUAAUAAAAUAAUAAAAUGUACUGGAGCAUUAAUAUAAUUAACUUGUUUGGCACUCUGUCUCACAAGAAAGAUAAAUGUAUAUUUGCAAUUUGACUGGACUUUACAAAUAACUAACCUGUAGCUGAUUUAGUUUAGUUUCUUUGAUUAAAUUUCUGUUUCCCUAAUGGGUUAAUUGGUGAAGUUCAGAUUGCAGGUGGUGGGAAAACUGUCUGUUUGAAAGGGGUGAAAUAUUAUUUGAACACACUGAUCAAAUGCAGAAAGUGUGCGCAUGUGUAAUGUCAUUAAUGUGAUCUCUAACUGUGAGGUUCUAAUUCUGUGUGCUUUGAUUAUGUUGAGGUCUUGCUGGACAUAUGUUUAAAUCCUUUUUGGCUUAAUUCAAGAGAGUAAUCUUACUCUAGGUAAAUCCCUAUACAAGAAAGGGCAGUUGUCCUUUGAAGCUAAUGAAGAAUCCAGAAUUUUAUGAUGUGAAUUAUAGUUAAAGAUUAUGAAAACAUUUUAAUUAGCUGCGUAAUCUUUAAAAAAUAUAAGGCUGCAUAAAUAUGGCUAUUGUGGGGCUUGUGUCAAUAACUGAUAUUUUGCUAGCCUUACUGGCUGAUGUUUUGCAUUGUAACACGCACGAAAACUGCAGCCGAGUUGGCACGUUCAUGGAGGAAGUUGUUCAGCGCAAACCUGGACUUACGAAGGGAACGUGUAACAAAUUCUAUUUGUGUGGGGCGGGUGGAAAAAAAAUCCAGCUUUCUUUAUUGAACAGAGCGCGUGCGUUUUGAGAGCCACUGAGUCUGCGUUGCGGUGCCUGUGAAGGCUCAGAUGACUGUGAUUUAGGCCACUUGAUGAGCGUGACAGUUCCACUUCAACGAUGCUGCAUCAGCAAUGCGUCCGAUACGUCCCCCCUUCCCCCCCCCUCAGUGUGUGUAUGUGGGCCUGUCAGACCAGCCGUAGUCCCAGGCUGUGGGCUGUAGCCAAUAGGCUCAUUUGAACGCUUGUCGGCCGAUACUGAUCCGACUCUGAUGCUAUUGUGCGCCCCCUGUAGGCUGUCUUUUGUAUUGACCCUGUGCUUGAAGGGGAUGUGGUUUAAAGGGCCCCUCCAUUUGUUUUGUGAGGACAUUACUCCCAGCCUGGGAAAGUGAUUGUUUACAAGCUAUGCAGCAAAAAAUAUGAACACGUUUUCUAUUCAUGUCAAAGUAAACGCUUGCCCCAGCGGCGGUUCCACUGAAAUGCUUACUGAUUUUCCUCCGAACAUUCAUUUCGGCUUCUGCUUUGACAGACCACCUGAAUUAUAAUAUUUUAGAGAGCAGGCCUGGGAGUUUAACUGAUUAACUCUAGGCCAAAAAAAGCUGAUGUUGUCGCACCAUUUUUGAAACCACUGCAGAAAUUUGUGGAUCUGUGGGAAUUUAUAACCCAUUUUUUGCUUGAAUGUUUAGUGCAGUCAAUCAUACCUGAAAUAAUAUCUGAAGUCUGCUUGUUUAACAGUGGUAAUUGUUUUUUUUUUAUUUUUUUGCUUGUUCCUGAAGAGGAAUGUGAUGCAAAGAGUGAAAUAUAAUUUUCAUCAACUGAUACAAUUUAGCAAAUAAUUCUUUUUUUUUUUUUUUUUUUUAAAGAUAUCUCCUCACAUUGAAAUGUUUUUUAAUGAACUUUGCAUAAAGUUUUGACAAUGUUCACUUAAAAAUAAAAAAUAUUUUGAUAGCAAA